CAGUUGCGAAUGUAUUUUGUGUUUGCUGUUUUGAUUUUGAUUUCUUGGGGUUUGAUAGCCCCAACGGCAGCUCCUCUAUUGUGUUUUGCUUUGCCAUUCUAUGGCAUAGCUGCCGUCCGUCACUCAUUGUUGCUGGUGCCGCUGCUGUUGUGUUUUUUUUGUUUUGCUGGCUGACUGUUUGACACCAUAUAAUUUAGUUGGCAAAUUUUUUUGUUGUUUUAUAUUCGAUUCGAUAGUAGAGUAUCGUACCGCGCCCGCCUCCAUCUCCACCUCCUUCUCCGCUGCCACCAGCGAUCUCUCUAUCUUUCCGUUCGCCUCAUACACAUGUAGUUAAUGUUGUAUUGUAUUGUGUUUGUUUGUUUUACAAAUAUUAAUUGUUAUUUUCAUUUGCGGUUUCGUUUUUUGUUUUGUUGGUUGUUUGCCUGCCUGCCUGCCUUGCUUGGCCACAAAGUGAUGUACACACAAACCUCCUAACUACUUCCCGGAGAUUAAACCAUACAGCUAUUAAAAAUUGUCAAAAAUUUCUUCGCACCAACUACAUCGGGGGAUAGUCCUAAAGUUGCAGUCACAAAUUUUCCAAUAUUUCCACGGACCACUUGAAGUUCUCGGAUUCGUGUCACAACGAUUGUGAAUUUCUUCUCUGUUGCUUUGCAUUUUGGGGUGGAGAGAUGGAGCAGUAGCAUGUCAUCGUAGGUCGUUUCAAACAGUUAUUGUUUUGUUAUUGUUGUUGGUUGGUGUGCUGUCGUCACUGACAUGCACUCAUCGCAGUUGGUGUUGUACGCUAAUGGUGGUGUUGCUGUGGAAUUUAUCUUGAAAAUACUUUAAAAAUUCGCGGUGCUGUAGUUGUUGUUCUGUGCUUUGUGACGACUCGAAAAGCUGCUGCUGCUAGUACUGGCUGCCUGUCGUAUCGUUCAUUGCGAUUUGCUGAAUUUGUUCUAGUGGCCUUUCCAUUUUGUCGAGCAGCAAAUGAUGUGAUUAAUCCAACUUUAGAUCUGAUUUUUUUUGCUUUUUUGAAAAUACCAUUUGUACCUGAUCAAAAAAAACCUCCCCCUCCAAGAAAUUAAGACGCAAAACACAAAAUCAACAUGGAUAUUGCAGUGACCCGUGAGGAGGAACCUUCCCUCUCGAAGAACAAUCGCCAGAAUAAACGGAAAUUCCCCGGCACCGAUUCUGGUCCGACAGGCAAAAAAGGUCGCCCCAGUUCAGAUAUUACCGCCAACGUCAAAUUACCCGCCCAUGGUUAUCCGCUGGAGCAUCCAUUCAAUAAAGAUGGCUAUCGUUAUAUACUUGCUGAACCAGAUCCCCAUGCUCCGUUUCGUCAGGAAUUCGAUGAGUCAUCCGAUUGGGCUGGCAAACCCAUACCGGGUUGGCUGUAUCGUACAUUAGUACCGAACAGUGUCCUACUGGCGCUGCAUGAUCGUGCCCCACAAUUGAAAAUAUCCGAAGAUCGAUUGGCUGUAACUGGUGAAAAGGGUUAUUGCAUGGUGAGGGCAACACAUUCUGUCAAUCGUGGCCGAUGGUAUUACGAGGUAACAAUAGAAGAAAUGCCCGAGGGAUCGGCAACACGCAUGGGUUGGGGCCAAGAAUAUGGCAACCUACAAGCUCCAUUGGGCUAUGACAAAUUCGGCUACUCAUGGCGAUCACGCAAGGGAACACGUUUCAGCGAAAGUCAUGGCAAGCAUUACAGUGAGGCCUAUGUCGAAGGAGAUACCUUGGGAUUUUUAAUUGAUCUUCCGGAGGAAAGAGAAGUGGAUUAUUUACCAAAUACAUUUAAGGAUAGGCCUUUGGUGAAAUUUAAAUCACAUUUAUACUACGAGGAUAAGGAUAAAAUCCAGGAAACGCUAAAAGGUUUACGCGUAGCUCCCGGCAGUAAAAUCGAAUUCUUCAAAAAUGGUCAAUCUCAAGGUGUGGCAUUUAGUGAUAUCUAUGCUGGCUCAUACUAUCCCACAAUAUCAAUACACAAGAGUGCAACAGUUAGUGUUAAUUUUGGACCAAGCUUUAAAUAUCCCGAGGUACUAAGCAAUUGCAAAGCCAAAGGGAUGUAUGAACGAGUUGAGGAACUUAUUUGUGAACAGUCCCUGUCUGAUUUAUUAUAUUUAACAGAGAAUGAGGGUAGAUUACGCUUGGAUAAUUUUAAUAUAUAGACGUAAGUUGACCGAGUCAUUAUUUAAGAAUAAAAGAAGGAAGGAAAAAACCAAUAAGUUAUUGUUAAAAUGGA